GGAUGAACUUAUAAAUGAAGAUCUGUUGGUUGGCUUUUAUUUGAGAAUGGUUUAAAAAGUCAACGGCGAAAAUGCCUGAGGAACACAUUCAGAGACUCAAAACUCUUCUGACUUAGUCUCCUAAGAAUUUCACAAAUCAGCUAUUAUCAUUUCAGUUUAUUUGGUUACCCAUUCCAUUCUUUAUUUUAUAGUUAAUUUAUUUGGAAAAUGAGUCGACAGCAGCCUCGCAAAGACACAAAAAUGCGAAUAAGAGCAUUUCCAAUGACAAUGGAUGAAAAAUAUGUGAACAAUAUUUGGACAUUGCUGAAAAAUGCCAUUCAGGAAAUCCAGAAAAAAAAUAACAGUGGACUUAGUUUUGAGGAGUUGUAUAGAAAUGCCUAUACCAUGGUAUUGCACAAACAUGGAGAAAAAUUAUACACUGGUUUGCGUGAUGUUGUCACAGAUCAUUUAGUUGACAAGAUAAGAGAAGAUGUUCUUUCAGCAUUGAUCAAUAACUUUCUACAAACGUUAAACAGUGCAUGGAAUGACCACCAAACAUCAAUGGUUAUGAUAAGAGACAUACUGAUGUAUAUGGACAGAGUGUAUGUUCAACAAAAUAAUGUAGACAAUGUGUACAAUCUUGGACUGAUGAUAUUUAGAGAGAAGGUUGUGAGACAUCCAAUGAUAAGGGAUCAUCUCCGCAGUACAUUGUUAGAAAUGGUAGCAAAAGAAAGAAGAGGAGAGGUGGUUGAUAGGGGAGCUGUUAAAAACGCUUGUCAGAUGCUGAUGGUUCUUGGCAUAGACUCCAGAGCUGUAUAUGAAGAAGAUUUUGAAAGACCAUUUCUGGAGCAAAGUGCAGAAUUUUACAGGUCUGAGAGUCAAAAGUUCCUUGCAGAAAACAGUGCUUCUGUGUAUAUAAAGAAAGUGGAAGCAAGAAUUAAUGAAGAAGCUGAAAGAGCUACCCAUUAUUUAGACACUUCAACUGAAGAUCCUAUUGUUAGAGUUUUGGAGGAAGAAUUAAUCAGUAAACAUAUGAAGACAAUUGUAGAGAUGGAGAACUCUGGAGUUGUUCAUAUGCUGAAAAAUAAUAAAACAGAUGAUUUAGCUUGUAUGUACAAGUUGUUUAUUCGUGUAUUAAAUGGUUUGAAGACGAUGUGUGACUGUAUCAGUGUGUACUUAAGGGAACAAGGCAAAGCUAUUGUAUCCGAAGAAGGAGAAGAUGGUAAAAAUGCCAUCACAUAUGUACAGAGUUUGUUAGAUUUGAAGGAUAGAUUUGACCAUUUUCUGCACGAGUCUUUUGGUGAUGAUAAGCAGUUUAAACAAAUGAUCUCUAAAGACUUUGAAUAUUUUAUUAAUUUGAAUCCUAAGUCCCCAGAGUAUUUAUCACUGUUCAUUGAUGAAAAAUUGAAAAAAGGAGUCAAAGGAAUGACAGAACAGGAAAUAGAAACAGUGUUAGAUAAGAGUAUGGUGUUAUUCAGAUUCUUACAAGAAAAGGAUGUAUUUGAACGGUAUUAUAAACAGCAUCUUGCUCGUAGGUUAUUGCUCAACAAAAGUGGCUCAGAUGAUUCAGAAAAGAAUAUGAUUUCAAAAUUGAAGACUGAGUGUGGUUGUCAAUUUACAUCCAAGUUAGAAGGAAUGUUUAAAGAUAUGACUGUAUCUAACACAAUUAUGGAUGAAUUUAAAGGUUUCUUAAGUACAGCGCAGAAUGCAGAAGAGGUUAAUCUCAGUGGGGUGGAUCUUACUGUGCGUGUAUUAACGACAGGGUUCUGGCCUACACAGUCAGCAACACCACGAUGUAAUAUACCUAGUGCAGCACGUACAGCCUUUGAAAAUUUUAGAAGAUUCUAUUUAGCAAAACAUAGUGGUAGACAGCUUACAUUACAACCACAGUUAGGAAAUGCUGAUUUAAAUGCUACUUUUUUUGGUGCCAAGAGAGAUGAUGAUUCAAGUGGUGCUAGCAGCUCUAAAGGUCCCAGAAAACACAUUAUACAAGUAUCAACAUACCAGAUGUGUGUACUUAUGCUCUUUAACAACAGGGAUAAGUGGACAUAUGAAGAGAUUAAAAAUGAAACAGAUAUACCAGAGAAAGAUUUAAUAAGAGCUGUACAGUCUUUAGCAAUUGGUAAAAUUACUCAACGAGUUCUACAAAAAGAACCAAAAACAAAAGAAAUAGAACCUAGUCACGUAUUAAGUGUAAAUGAUCAGUUCACAUCCAAAUUGUUCAGAGUCAAGAUUCAGACGGUGGCGGCAAACAAAGGUGAAGCAGAACCAGAAAGAAAAGAAACAAGAACUAAAGUGGAUGAAGACAGAAAACAUGAGAUUGAAGCUGCAAUAGUCAGAAUUAUGAAAGCAAGGAAAAAAUUACAGCAUAAUGUCUUAGUAACAGAGUGUACAGAACAGCUUAAAGUCAGAUUCCUGCCUAGUCCAGUAGUUAUUAAAAAAAGAAUUGAAGGUUUAAUAGAGCGUGAAUAUUUAGCAAGAACACCAGAAGAUAGAAAAGUUUAUACUUACGUAGCUUAAGAAGAAUAUUUAUUUAAACAACAAUUUGUGAAAGUCAGUGAACAAUUAGUAUACUAUACUAAUGUUUUUACAUGGAAUUAUGCUUGCACCAAGAGGGAGAAUUAAAUGAAGAGUCGUCUACGAAACCUGCAUAUUAAAGAGAGUCUCAGAUUAGAAAGCCUUUGUCAGCCUAAAUAUUGCAAAGACUUUUAUGUAGUCGAUACUAAAUACUAUUUAUUUUAAAAAGAGAUUGUCCAGAUCUAUGCAGGCUGUUCAAAGUUUUCAAUUUUCUUAAUAUAUUAAUAUUUUAUCUGUUUGAAUCAGAAUAAAUGGCUUUUUAUGAAUGUGGGAAAUCACUGGUGGCACUGAUCGUUCGUGUAGGUUAUCGAUUGUCAUAUUGACUGAAAUAUAGACACUUAUGUAGUCAUCUUUUCCUAAUAAGACAAAUGUUAAGACGUUCCUCCCACUCUCAGGUGACAAAUUUUAUAUUUCUAUUUAAGAAAGCAUUUCUGUUGUUUUAUUAACUUGCAAUUAUUUUAUUAUUCUUUUUUGACACAAACAGUUGUGAAAAGAUUCUACUUUCUUUACUACCUGCUAUAUUUAAAUGUUUUAGAUUUAACUGUUUUGUUUUGCCUCUGAAUAUUUGAAUAACAUUACCAGCCAUUGAAUGGUUGAUAAAUAUUUCUUGUGACAAAAUAGUCAGAAUUUUAUCACAACAUAACUUACAAAUGUCAUUUACUUUUCUUUUGUGUUUAAUGAAUGCGAAGAACAUGUGUAAAUAAUCAGUAGGUUAUUUGUUCGCUUGAACAAUCAUAUGAUAUGUAUAACUGUGUGAAGCUUGAUUUGGAAGAUGAAUGUAUGUAUGUAUGUAUGUAUGUAUGUUUGUAUGUAUGUUUGUAUGGUAGUUCAUUGGAAUACAUGAAGGGGGAACUAGUAUAAUUUGUAUGAUUGCAAUGUGUUACUCUGUUUAUAUUUAAAUUCUUCUGAUAAUUUUAGGGGUAUUAGAUAUUAACGUAACAUAGGCUUUGACAGGAUUUCAUCCCACCUCUGAAAAUUAUCAUUUAAAUGUCAUGGAAUGGUUUAUUUUCAUUAGAUAUGUCUUCUAUAAAAUGACAUAUAUAAAUCAUCAAAAUAAUCAGUUUUCUUCAAGUCAGUUUGAAUAAUAAUGGUUUUAACUUUCAUAAUUUACUGUCAUUUAAAAAACAGCAUUUUUCUAACAUUUUAAAUUUGCAUUGUAAUUCCUGAUCUGACACGGGAAAUAGAUGAUAAAUUUUUUAAAACAAUACAAUAUUUUGCCAGUUAUUUUCUUAUCUUAAGCUGUGGAAUAAAACAUGGACUAUUUGGCAAUUUUUUCCACAUGUUUUAGUUCAGGACUAUAAAUACACUUUCAAUGUAAUAAAAUAGAACCAUACAAUGCAAUUUUGGUAUGAAAUAAAGACUUAAACAAAGUCAUUAUAAAUAUAUAGGAGAAUAAAGGACAGCACUUUUUCUGAUAAUUUUUGUCAACUAUGUAUAAAUAAACAGUUCUUAGAAUAUUUCAGAGUAAAAUAAUAUAAUGGAAAUCAAUGUUCAUGUAUACCUUGUAUAAAAUAAAGCUUACACAUCCACAUGCAAAAUUAACAUCGCAUGAAAUGUUAACAAUAUAUAUAUAUCAUCUAAGAAAUGUGAUGAAAAUAAUAAUGUACAAAUUUUAAAUCAUGUUAUUAAUGUACAAAUUUCAUGAAUUUGAAACUAGUCAUUUUACAGCUUAAUAAUAUACAGAGUUUAUUUUUUAUCGCGAAGAGAUACAUGUUUGACAAGGAUUUUAUUUGUUUCUGUUUACUGCAUCUGACCUUUUUAUUUAGAACAGUAUAAAUAAGAAAAUUAAUAAUGGCAUAAUUUACAUUAGUGACCACAACUAAAGUGCCAAAACUGAAUAAUAAGAAACGUGUGAUGCGUUUAAUAAUUAGAGUUUAAAAUAAAUUCAUGUUGAUUCAAAGAAAGAAGCAAAUUUUUUUAAAGCAGAUUGCCUAUAGUAGCAACAUUGUCACAGAAAAAAACUCUUACAUAGACUGUUUACAUUGAUAAACAUUAACAAACAUUAUUGAACUACGGUCAUGCUUCAUAGGCUUUUAAAAAAAAUCAUAAUUUUAUGAAAUAUCAGCGAAAUGUUGCUAUUUUUUUGUUCUGGUUUGAAAUAAAAGUAUGUUGAAGUAAUAGUUGGGCCAAGAAAAUGUUUUGAUAAUUUUUUUGGGAUUGUAUUAUUUUAAGUGAACUGUUAUGGCGUAAUUGAUCCAUACUUCAAUUAGUAUGGUGUCGGCAAUCAUUAUGAUGUUGAAAUUUUAAAAUGGGGAAACAUUUUCUCCACAAAAACUCAUAAAAUAAAUGUGAUAACUAAAA